CCGUAGCAGAAGGCGACGCAACCCCGAACAUGAACUCCUCCACCUCGGCAGGAAAUUUACCUUCCUCCCAGGGCUAUCCUCCUCCCGUUCCCGAUCAGCAGUUUCAGAAACCAGUGUUCAACCAAGAGGAGCUGCGAGUUCUGCGAGAAUGCAACCUAGAAUCAUUUUACUACCGCUGUGUCCCUCUUGCAGCAGCUUUUACAAGUGCAACAUACAUAGCCAUGCGAAGGGGUAUAUUUAAAGUGAGUGAGAAGUUUGGGUACACUCCAAAAAUGUUAGGUGCUGCCUUCAUAGGGUACUUUGCUGGAAAGCUGUCCUACCAGAAUGCCUGUGCAGAGAAGUUGAUGAAACUGCCCAACAGUCCUGUAGGAGAAGCACUUCGCAAGAGGAAAGGGCGGCUAGGAUUUCAGGAGUCGUAAGUGUUCGUUUAUUUCUUA